AUGUCACGCAGUACCACUACUAUUACCAGUGCUUCCCAAACAGCGACGCUGGUUUAUGCGUCAUUCACAAACUCUGCAGGAAAGCCUGAAGUAGCGCAAGUAUUCGCAUAUUACAGCUACAAACCCAAUGUGGGAGCAGCAGUAGCUUUUGCCGUUUUGUUUGGGCUCACGUUCGUGCUGCUAGGUGUGAGAAUCGGGUUCGCAUGCAGAAGCAGGUCGAUCAGCGAGCGCCAGCUGGCAUUGCUGGCGCUGGACAAAGAGGUCCAGGACCCGUUCCACGCCGAACCCACGUCUGUGGCUAAACCUUGCUCUAAUUUGCGACUGGUCACAAAGUUCAUACCGUUGCUCAUCGGGGUGGUCACUGAGUGCGGAGGGUAUAUCGCACGGAUUGCAUCGAAAAACGAUAUCUACGCAUUGGGGCCCUACGUGGCCCAAACAGUGAUGCUGCUGGUCGCUGCUGCGUUCAUGGCAGCAACCAUCUACAUGGUUUUCGGCCGGCUUUUGAUCUUGAUGAACGCCACAACCGUUUCGUUCGUGCCCAUCCGUUUCAGCACUGCCAUUUUCGUCAGUGCCGACGUGUUGAGUAUCCUCCUACAAGCCGCAGGUGGUAGCAUUUUGGGUGCCUCUGACAACCACACGCUGGGAUCCAAUAUCAUCAUUGCAGGCCUGGUCGUUCAAGUGGCAGUUUUUGGUCUUUUCGUCAUCACAGAAAUCCGUUUUCUUUUCCUAGCUGACAAAGUCUCGCCUGUGACCUCGCAGAUCUCAAAGCAGUGGAAAAUUUUGAACAUCAACUUGUUUGUGUGCAGUGUUUUGAUCUUGGUCCGUUCGAUCGUAAGACUUGUUGAGUUUAUUCAGGGCUACAAUGGUUAUAUUAUGGACCAUGAGUGGUUCAUUUACGUUUUCGAUGCCGUCCCCAUGUUUUGGGUAAGUUUGCUCUUCCUCAUCACUUUCAGCAAGGGCAACCUGUUCAGAGUCGAAUUUGAGUGCACCUCCAUGCUUCGCACCGAUAAGACGUUGGAAGGCUCAGAACAAGAAACCUAG